AAACUUCCCAAUCUGUCCCCUCCCAAUUCCCUCGGCAAGGUUCUAGCAUUUUCUUUCCACAUAGAAUAUAAAAUCCCAUCUAAAACCACCGGAGCUGUUCAGAAACCACCAGAGUGAGUAUAGCAGAAACCAGAAAAUGGCAGCAGAAGAAGAAGAAGUGGCGCUAGAUUUGGAGGAGCUCCGCCGUAUCCAGAGCAUUGCAAAACGACCCCGUAUUCUCAAUCUCAUCUCCUCUGAAAUCGGCAAUUUGGAAAAGUGUGGUUUGAUCACUGCACAGUUGUCAAAAGAGGCUGCUUCUAAACCUACCUUGCCAACUCCUACUCCAACUCCAACUCCAAUUUCUACGGCAGUGAAGGUGCCUUCCACCCCAGCUCUGAAUUAUGUUACACUUGGGUCAUUCAGCUGGGAGCAAGAUACUGAUAAAGUGAAGAUAUAUAUAUUUUUAGAGGGAGUUGAUCAGGAGAAAAUGGAGACUGAGAUCAAGCCUACUUCCAUUGAUAUCAAAUUGCAUGAUGUCCAAGGAAGGAACUACAGAUGUGCUAUACCUAAACUCCAUAGUCAGAUUGUUCCAGAGAAGUGUAAGGUGCUAGUUAAGCCUACAAGGGUUGUGAUUACAUUGAUUAAAGCUUCAAAGGGGAACUGGCUGGAUCUGCAUUUCAAGGAGGACAAGCUAAAGCCGAAUUUGGAUAAAGAGAAGGAUCCUAUGGCAGGAAUCAUGGACUUGAUGAAGAAUAUGUACAAUGAAGGGGAUGAAGAAAUGAAGCGAACAAUUGCCAAAGCAUGGACCGAUGCGAGAUCUGGAAAAACAGCCGAUCCACUGAAGGGCUUUAAAUAAAUUGGGAAAUACAAUUUUCUAGGUUAGAUUAUGAGUAGUUUUUUGUUUCCAUCGAGUGAUAUUUUCGCCUACUUAUGUACCAGUCUUUGUUGGAACCUUGUGUUUGGAUCGUUCUAUGUUAUCAUUAGGAGAUUCUAUUGCCAAAAGAUUUUCUGAACUUUUCAAAAGUAGUGAGGUUUCCUAUUUUCACUGCACUUCCAUCGUAGAAGCAGGACUAGCAUUUGUGGUACAAUUUAUGGUGAGUCUGAAACUUUUUAAGUUGUCAUGAUCUGAGUACAUCAAAUGUUUAGGCUACUUAAACGUACCAUUUGCUGCGGUCCUUUAAUGGUCUUCCCCUCUAAAAGUAGUCACCAGCAGCACAUCAAAUGUCUGACCUGAAGGCAGACGAGUUCGGGGAAAAGUUCACUCAAAUGAUUAUGACUGGUGAGGACUCACUUUGAAUUCACAGCUCACAAUGACGGAAUGAACAUGUCUCCACUCUCCACCAAAAUAAGUCGAGAACGCUUGCUUCUGAAAGAUGCUUCAAAGUUUCUGUAAUCCUAUGUGGGAAUAAAAGCAUCUUUUCCCAUGCUAAAUAUAUCGACAAUGUUUGCAAAUGUAGGACUCCUCAAAUAUUUGUUUCUUACGAGAUGAAUCAAAAGCACUAGUCAUUGUAGUGCCA